AACUGGGAGAGCCCACUGUUCGAGGGGCGGAGCUACGCCGAGUGAUUGACGCUGAGGCCCAACCAGGGAGAGGCGGGGCCAAGGCCAGGGCCUGACUAAACCUGGAGACUCGGGUGGCCGAGGGGCUUCAUCCCAGUUGAGGAGCGAAGAACCGCCGGCGGCCGCGGAUCUCACAGCCGCUCGGGUGAUGACUAAAUACGUAUUAUAGAAAUAGUAAACCUGGAAAACAUUCAACAACAACAAAGGCAUUAUUUGAAGGACGGGAACAAAAAAAGUGAAGUUACUGUCAGUUGAAGAGCUGAUUCCACCACUAGAACAUCAUUUGACACAGUAAAGAAAACUGAUCGGGUAUCGCAAGAGAAUUAACAAGAGGAAAACACAGCUUGCUUUUGUCCCUGAAACCUUGGCUUGGUUUUUAGAACUUCAGCUAUAAAAAUGGGCAGAAUUUUCCUUGAUCACAUUGGUGGUACCCGUCUGUUUUCUUGUGCAAACUGCGAUACAAUCCUGACCAACCGCUCAGAACUCAUCUCUACUCGGUUCACAGGCGCCACUGGCAGAGCAUUUCUUUUUAACAAGGUAGUUAACCUGCAGUACAGUGAAGUUCAAGACCGGGUCAUGCUCACUGGCCGCCACAUGGUUCGAGACGUGAGCUGCAAGAACUGCAAUAGCAAACUGGGAUGGAUCUAUGAGUUUGCCACUGAAGACAGCCAGCGCUAUAAGGAGGGCCGUGUGAUCCUGGAGCGCGCUCUAGUGCGAGAGAGCGAGGGCUUUGAGGAGCAUGUACCAUCCGAUAACUCUUGAAGAAAAAGAGCUAACUCCAUCUCUUCCCAGGUCUCCUUCACUGAAAACAAAAAUCUACUUACAUACACUGUCACCUUAGCAUCAGGGUCGGAUUCAUGAACUGCGGAACAAGAGGUUGUGAGAAUCUAAGAUGGAACCUUUCUUUCUUUCUUUUUUUUUUUUUAAUUUUCAAUUUUCCAUCCAGCAGCAGUGUGUAGAGAGAAUAUUAUGCAGAUGCUGUUAAUUUUUUUUCCCCUGUGUUUACAUCUUGAGGCAGAAUAGUCUAUCUGCAGCUACGUGAUGGGCUAUGUGAGGAAAAAAAUCUGGGCUGUUAGAGUGAAAAAGUGUGUUGUAUGUAAAUUUUGAAAGGAAAAAUGUGUCAAGAGCAUGGUUUUUAAACUUAUUUGGGCUUCAUUUAAAAAAAUUUUUUUUAAACCCAGAUAUUUCACUUGAUUUGCUAGCUUCAGGGAAGAGAUCCGAAUUUGUGACCAGCGCUAAAGGUUCAGUGUUAGUAUGGCUUGUGCUGGCCAUUGUGCCAUAUUCUUGUUGGAGAUGAACCGUAGCACCAGAGCCCAUCCUUCCUUGUCAGUCUUGACCCAAAGAUGUCACCAGUCCUAGUUCUUUGUCACCACGUAAUUGGUGUUGAUUGGAAACUUUUCCUGAAAUGGGGCAGAACUGCUUGGUUGUCUUUUCCAUGUAACUUAAGCAUAGUAAUAUAAAUAAAGUGAUAGUUGGAUGUUUUUGGUCCUGUGUUGCUUUUAAAAACACCUUUUAAAAGAGCAGAGUAUUUGAUAAGUAAUUUUCCUGGUAGUGUUUCUUUUCAUCUCUUAAGCUAAAUUGAGUGUGUGGAGAUUACUUUGUUUAAAGCAUACUGUUUAAACUCCUAGUACUGCGUUAAGAAAAGAGUUGAACGGAAUGUCUGUGCAUCCAUGCAGAAAGCAUUUCAUCUGCAUCUGUUUUAAAAGAAGGGGAGAAAUGAAGGAGCCUAUCUAAAAUUAUUGCUUUGCAAAGUGUUUUCAGCCUGUCCUCAGUUUUGUGUUGAUUUUGACAAGUCUGUAGAACCUAAUAGUUUCAUCAAAGCACUAGAUCUGUCAUUAGCAUUAUUUUCUCAGAUCUACCCUCAGAAGUUCAACUAUUGAAAUUUAAACUGUACUUGGUCCUUUCAAGCAGAAAGGGAUCAAAUGUGACUCAGGGUGUUAUUUUAGCCCCAAAUUUACAACAUUAUGAAGUAUUAAAAUAUAAAUGUUUCUUUAUCCAAACUAUUUCUAGAUAUUCUAGUAUUUGUUUCUGGUGGAAUAAAUAACAUUAAAAUUGGCUAAUUAUUUAAAAUGUGUGAAUGGAUGUUUGCGUGCUCAAUCUCUAGGUCUUUGUCUAGAAAGGAUAUUUGCCUCAAUUAGCAAAAUCUUUCUGUCAUUGGUAUUAGAAGUGACUUCUGAGUACAGUUAAGAUUAAGUUUCUCUUUUUUGCCUUCGGGCUUUUGGUUAGAGGCAUAGGUCUCUGAUGAAGUAGGUGUAUAAUACUGCAUUUGAGAGAAGUGGACACAAAUGAUCUUUCCUUCACCGUGGAAUAAAUCUUCAAGCUUUAAGAACCAGCUUUCAUUCCCAUCCAUUUCCAUACUGGCCUUGGAUUACAUGCACAUCCCUGCUAGCCUGCCUUAUCUGCAGCACUAUGAGCAUUUGCUGUCACAAUAAAGUAUAUUUUGUCUUGCA